GGUGCUCCUCCGUGCGCGGAGGUCGGUUCUCCUAAGUCGCAGAGCGGCCCCGUGGCUAUAGGUUCGAACCUGGUCCCGGGCUGCGCCUCUCGUAGACCGGGCUGCCGGCGGUCCCCGUGGGGGCGGCCAGGAAACCCUCCGGGACCCUUGCCGAGUCCCUCGGAUUACCCUUCGGCCCACUUGGCCCUGGAACCCUCCAUACCGGAACCGGGGCGAGGCUGCCACAGUCGUCCCCGCCGCUGGUUCCAACUUAAGCACGCGCUUCCGACUGGUCCGCGAGUCGCUUCGCCACCCUGCAAGUGCUAAUUGUGGUGCGUGCGCAGGAGGCUGGUGAUAUUGGCAGAACCGUCGCGAACUGCUCCAUUCCGCUGUAGCCCCCGCUAGUACCCCCCGGGAAGAAUUCAGCAUGUCUUCCUCCAGAUUGGGGCUCCGUUUGGCUGCCUGUUUACUAAACAUUUCAGAAGCCAGAAGAAAACACAUUGUUGAGAACAUAGCAAAAGCAGCUCUUCUUGGAAAAAAUGGGAAGAAUCAUCCUGAAGUAUCAGUACUCAAUAUAUUUUCUGAUCAAGACUACAACAGAUCAGUCAUUACAAUAGCAGCUUCUGUUGAUGAAUUAGGCAAUUCUGUUCUGGCUGCCUGCUUGGAGGCCUUCCAGUCUAUCGAUAUGGAGGUUCAAGAGGGAAUCCACCCUUGUCUGGGAGCAGUGGACCUGAUUCCCAUUUACCCUCUCACUGAUGUUGGAGUGGAAGAGUGUGGAGCUGUGGCCAGAAGCCUUGCUGAGAAUCUGGUCCUUCACGUUCCGGGCAGCAGCGUGUUUCUUUUUGGGGAGGCCGACCUGCCUGAGAAGCGCACCCUUGUCCAGAGAAGAAAGCAGCUGGGCUGGUUCACAAGGAGGGACUUCAGUGCUCUCAAACCUGACCUGGGAGCCGUACCCGCCCGAAGAUGUGGUUUAACAGGCAUCGGCGCCAGCCCAUAUGUGAUGAACUGCAAUGUCACCAUAGACUCUCAAGACUUGGCUUUGGGAAAAGAGAUUGCUAGUGCCAUUCGGGGCUCAAAUGCAAAUGGACUGAAGGGCGUCCAAACGAUGGCUUUUCCCCAUGAAGGGAAAAUUGAAAUAGCGUGCAAUGUGGAGAGUUUUGAAGACCAAGAAGCUAUAGAAACCUCAGAAGAUUCUCGAUACAUGGCUUACAGUGUCCUUGGCAACCAUUUUUCCUAUGUAUCUCCUCACUACAUAGAAGCUCAAGUUAAAAAGUUGGCAGGUGAUAAAGGAAUUGGUACUAUAGGGAGAGCAUUAAUUGGAUUUACACCUCAAGAGUGCAAGAACUGUGCUGAAUAUGCUAUAAAGGAAAGUAUUGGAGAAUUCUGGAAGAUACGGGGAGGUGUUUUCAUGUGAUCCAGUUUAAGGAUUCAUAUAAAUUUUAAGGGAAAAUAUCAAUCGUUACAAAAUUGUUUUUUGGCCAGUAAAGAUGAGGGGAAGAUACAAAGAGUUUGGUUAUAGCUUUGUAUUGGAAAAUUAGAAGCAUUCUUUGUUCAACAAUCAGUUUUUAUAGGUUUUCAUAGUUGCCCUGUGAUAUUUCUGGUUGUCAUUAAAACUUGAUGAGAACAUAAUUCUUCAUCAAGUUUAUGCACUUGUGUGCCUUAGAAGCCCCCCUGAAUCAGCUGAGUAAUAUGGCCAUGGUUGCUGAACCACCUUUAAUUAUUGUGAACAAAACCAAAAAUGGAAUGAGCACUGGACAGUGGAUUGACGGGCUUGUAUUCCUUGGUCUUACCUGCCUGGUAGCCAUAAUCCCAUCACCUAUAAAAUAGGGAAAAGAUUUCCCACUUUAAGCAAUCUCAUUUCCCUGGUUUCCCCAAAGUCUUUAUUCCCAAGUUUUAUAUUCAACUUUAAUUUUUUAAGUAAUCAUUUUUAAUGUGUAUUUUAAAAAAUUAGCCAUGGCUAGUGUGGCUCAGUGGACUGAGUGCCAGCCUGUGGAUGGGAAGGGUUGAUGGUUUGAUUCCCCGCCAGGGCCCGUGCCUGGGUUGCGGGCCAGGUCCCCAGCAGGGGCUGUGUAAGAGACAACCACACAUUGAUGUUUCUUUCCCUCUCUUUCCCCUUCCUUUCCUCUAUCUAUAAAAAUAUAUAAAUAAACCUUUAAAAAAUCAAGGAU